AUGGCACUCUUUCCAUGUGGUCGAAGAUUUGCUUACAAGUUCCUGUUCUUGAGUUUGAUGGUGUUUGGGGCUUUUGAACUCUAUCUGGAGAAUGAUGUAGUCCGGUCGGCCCUGGCCAGUAUCACCAAUACGGAACUGGAUUUGUGGCACACUGCCAAUGAUUGGGGCAUUCACAAUCCGUUCAUCACUCCAGAGGACCAAAGGAUGGCUGCAGUCAAAGCUGCCAGGGCAUCCAAAUCCAGUCAACCAGUCGCAUUGACCAACAAGAAUCUUCGAAACAAGCUUCGGGACGGACGCGCCAAGGUUCGUGCCAACAUGGAAAAGCAGCGGCAGAAGCAAGAUCCAAACACCAAAGAAGGAGCGCAGAAGAGAAAUGACAAGAAGCCCAAAAAGAAAUUCAGCACCGCUACGAGUACCGGUAGCAACCUACUAGAACGGCAGGCUCUGGAAAAUCAGGAGGAGUCCCUCAAAGACACGUCUGAGCCGACAAAGCAGAGGCAAACCAACCUCAAGAAGAAGAAGAAGAAAUUGGAUGAAGCCUUCAAGGAAGAACGAUUGAGUCUGGAGGAAAGUACCAAAACAAAGGAAAAAGUGAACGAAGAAGCAAAGAUUGAGAAGAGAGCAAAACCCGCUGUGGACACGGAAAACAGAAGCGACAAGUUGGAAAAGACAAAAACCUACAAGGCGCAGGCUACAGUCGACAAGAAAACUCAGAAGCACCUAUCCACUCCUCCCAAGAAAAAUGAUGGUCUAGACAAAGCUUCCAAGUCUGAUGCUGCCAAUGUGGAUACGGUCAAUUCCAAGCCAAGUCAUGCAUCCCUGCGAGGGGUCACAUCAUCCGCCACUGUUGAUCCAAAGACACAAGUUUCCAAGAAGAAGAAAGCUGUACAGCUACAGACUGACAAUGAAAGCGUUGGAGAGGACAAGCAUGCCAUGAUCACAAACGACAAGAGCAAGAAGCAAAAAAAGAAGCAGAAAGUCGAAACGAACAACGCAGACAGCAACAAUAGAAAGCACGAUGUAGAGUUGGAUGAUUUGGUUGCUUCUGCCACUGACAAGGGCAAGGACGAGAGCGCCAACAGAAGAACAAAGACAAAGGAGAGUACUGGUACCAAUGACAAAGAAUCCAAGGCCAAGAAAGCCGCCGCGAAAGAAAAGUUUGUGGGUGCGGUGGAGCCACUAUCUCAAACAACAAUCACCUCUGAUAGGGUGGAGCCUGGGACAGCGAAAACGACUAUUAGCACGGAAGAAAGGAUUGCCAAGGCUACUGCUCUCAUAAAUCGGGCCAGGCUCAGCAGGAGCUCUGCAAAAAUGGGCAACUUGAAGGAUUUUUUCAGCGCUAAAGAAACGUCAGAACUGGACAGCAUUGACUCCUUGAAACCAGAAAUUCCCGCCUCUUCCAAGAACAAGGGUUCGGUCAAAUCGGUCACAACCAAAGCAGUGAAGUCCAGCACCUCCAAAACGAAGACAACAAAGGAAAGGAUUGCAGCAGUUGAGGAAACAUUGCAAGAGGGUCUGUUAGAACCAGAUAUUGGCCGCAAAAAGAAGAAGGAGGAAAAAGGCCAAGGAAACAAGAAGGGCAAGGAAAAAGAAAUCAUGGACACAGAGGAAGAGGAUCCUGGACAGGAGCAGAACAAAGAGACAAUGAAGAAGGCAGCAAUGACCAGGACUAAGCAGGCCACUUUUGUAGAAGCAGCACAAAAGUCCAAAAUGCGAGACCAGGAACAGGGCAACAAGAAGGAGCGAAAAGGCAAGGAAAACAAGAAACUCAAUGAACGAGAAACCUUGGGCACAGAGGAGGAGGGUGCUGGCCAAGGGCGAAUGAAGGCACUUUUAGAGAGGAACGACUCGAUCAAGCCCCGACGUAUUAAGCCCGUGAUAUACAAGGGCUGGAACAAGAGAGGAAAGCGCACGGACGAGACACAGCAGCGCAGGGAGAUUUCAUAA